AUGGGUUUGUUGUUAAUAUAUUGUAGCCACCUGUCCCGAGGAGGGCGCUUGCAGGUACGUCGCUACGUCGUCCACCAUGCAGGCUCGCGGGAGUUCGGGGAGGAACAUAAUACGCUAGAGGGCGCGCAUAUCGCGUGCGGGCUACGCGGCGCCCCGCGUCCGACUGGCGCGAGCACCGCGCCCCCGCCCCGCGCGGGCCCCCCGCCCGACGCCCGCCCCACCCCACAGCACGCGCAGGGCUGUGCGACGCGAGCUUUUCCGAAUUUCAAACGCCGCGUGUUCGAAGACGCAAAAAUUGAGACGCGGCUACACUGCGUCGCAUUUCGAACAUGU